GGAGGCUGUUGGGAAGGAGGCGGGCAGGGGCGGUGCGCGUGCGGCGGGGGCUCCGGCGUCGGGAGCAGCCGCGGUGCGUCCCCGCGGGCUCAGACAGGACUCUCAUGAACAGUCAGUGACACCAGAGCAAUUGGCAGAGUGGAGGGAAAAAAUGACCUUUUCAUGAACUUCUAUGAAGAAUGCAAAUGAGCAAGGUUUGAGCUUCAAUGCUUUUGUCCAUGAAAACUCUUAGAGAAGAUGGCUGAUGUAAGCCUGAAGGAAGCAGCACUGAUAGUUGGUGUGGUGGCAGCCUGCUACUGGAACAGUCUCUUUUGUGGCUUUGUUUUUGAUGAUGUUUCAGCAAUUUUGGACAAUAAAGAUUUGCAUCCUUCUACUCCAUUAAAAAAUCUUUUUCAAAAUGACUUCUGGGGCACUCCCAUGUCUGAGGAGAGGAGUCACAAAUCUUACCGUCCCCUUACAGUUCUUACGUUUCGCUUAAACUACUUGUUCAGCGAAUUAAAUGCAGUUUCGUACCACUUUCUAAAUCUGGUCUUUCAUGUGGUGGUUUGCAUAGUCUUCCUCAAAGUCUGUAAGCUCUUUCUGGACAACAGGAGCAGCAUAGUUGCAUCCUUGCUCUUUGCAGUGCACCCAAUACAUACGGAAGCGGUAACUGGAGUUGUGGGCAGAGCAGAGCUUUUAUCAUCUAUUUUUUUCCUAGCUGCUUUUUUGUCAUAUACAAAAUCUAAAGGGCCGGAUAAUACCAUAGUGUGGACUCCAAUUGCACUGACUGUGUUUCUAGUAGCUGUUGCAACACUGUGUAAAGAACAAGGAAUAACAGUGGUUGGAAUAUGCUGUGUGUAUGAAGUAUUUAUUGCUCAAGGGUACACCUUGCCAACACUGUUGGAUACAGCUGUACAGAUUCUUCGAGGGAAGGGCAGUAUUCCUUUCUCUAUGCUCCAAACACUGUUGAAGCUCAUAGUCCUAAUGUUCAGUACACUGCUGCUUGUUGUUGUCAGAGUCCAGGUUAUCCAGUCUCAACUUCCAGUGUUUACAAGGUUUGAUAACCCAGCUGCUGUUAGUCCAUCCCCAGCAAGACAGCUGACUUUCAACUACCUCCUCCCUGUAAAUGCUUGGCUUCUUCUCAACCCCUCAGAACUAUGCUGUGACUGGACAAUGGGAACUAUUCCUCUUGUGGAGUCUUUGUUAGAUGUUAGAAAUGUUGCCACCCUGACCUUCUUUUGCUUUCUGGGAGCUUUGAUUGUCUUCAGUCUCCGAUAUCCUGAUAAUUCCUCCAAGACAGUAUUGAUGGCACUCUGCUUAAUAGUGCUACCAUUCAUUCCUGCAUCAAACCUGUUUUUUCCUGUUGGAUUCGUAGUAGCAGAACGAGUGUUGUAUGUUCCUAGCAUGGGAUUCUGCAUUUUAGUAGCACAUGGAUGGAGGAAAUUAUCAAAUAAAAGCGUGCUAAGAAAAAUUUCUUGGGUUUGUUUGGCUGCGGUACUAUUCACUCAUGCCUUAAAAACACUGCACAGGAACUGGGAUUGGGAGUCGGAGUACACGUUAUUUAUGUCAGCUUUAAAGGUAAAUAAGAAUAAUGCAAAACUAUGGAACAAUGUGGGGCACGCAUUAGAAAAUGAAAAGAACUUUGAAAGAGCUCUGCAGUUUUUCAUACAGGCCACACAAGUGCAACCAGAUGAUAUUGGUGCCCACAUGAAUGUAGGAAGAACUUACAAGAACCUAAACAAAACUAAAGAAGCUGAAGAAUCAUAUAUGAUUGCUAAAUCAUUGAUGCCACAGAUUAUUCCAGGUAAAAAGUAUGCAGCAAGAGUUGCUCCUAACCAUCUGAAUGUUUAUAUCAAUCUUGCAAACUUAAUUCGAGCAAACGAAUCUCGCCUUGAAGAAGCAGAUCAGUUGUAUCGACAGGCAAUUAGUAUGAGGCCGGAUUUCAAGCAGGCUUACAUCAGCAGGGGAGAAUUACUUUUAAAAAUGAACAAACCUCUGAAAGCUAAGGAAGCUUACCUUAGAGCUCUAGAACUAGACAGAACCAAUGCAGACCUGUGGUACAACUUGGCAAUUGUGUACAUUGAACUGAAAGAUCCAGCGGAAGCUCUGAAGAAUUUCAACCGAGCACUAGAACUCAACCCAAUGCAUAAACUGGCAUUAUUCAACUCAGCACUGCUAAUGCAGGAAUCUGGUGAUGCUCGGCUUAGACCUGAAGCUAAACAAAGACUGUUACAUUAUGUGAAAGAAGAACCCCAGGAUGCAAAUGGAUACUUCAAUUUGGGUAUGCUGGCAAUGGAUGAUAAAAAAGAUAUGGAAGCAGAGGCAUGGAUGAAGAAAGCCAUAAGGUUACAGCCAAACUUCCGAAGUGCUUUGUUCAAUUUGGCACUGCUUUAUUCUCAGACAGCAAAAGAAUUGAUGGCUUUGCCCGUCUUGGAAGACCUACUGAGAUACUACCCUGAUCACACCAAAGGGCUGAUUUUGAAAGGAGAUAUCCUUAUGAACCAAAAGAAGGAUAUCGUUGGAGCAAAAAUGUGUUUUGAAAAAAUUUUGGAAUUGGAUCCCAACAAUGUACAAGGAAAGCAUAAUCUUUGUGUGGUUUAUUUUGAAGAACGAGACUUAAUAAAGGCAGAAAAAUGUCUGGUUGAAACACUAGCACUGGCACCUCAUGAAGAAUAUAUUCAGCGUCAUCUAAACAUAGUUAGAAGUAAAAUUGCAUCGCUCGGUGCUAUGGAACAGUCAUCACUUCCAUCAGAGGGAACUGCAGCUGCAGAAGAAAAAAAAAAAUCAUUUCAGAAUUUGAAAGAAGUAAAAAAUGAAAAGACAACCACCCAAUCAGCAGUUGAUAACAAUAAAGAACACUCAAAAAAUAAGAAACUAACAGAGAAAAACAGUGUGGACAAAGAGACUCCCAAAAAAUCUACGAAAGAAAUCAAAGACAUUGAGAAAAAGAGAGUUGCUGCUUUGAAAAGACUCGAAGAGAUUGAACGUAUAUUAAAUGUCUAGGAAUCCUGCUUUGCUUAGAAAGAAAGCUUGAGAAUGGAAAGGCUGGAAAACACCUUCCACCCAUCCUUCACCUCAUUUCCUCUCCCUUCAAAAAUGUAACAUUCUGUGUAGUGUUCCAACUGAGCAAGAAGAACCUGUCCCGCAAACCUCCAGCCUAGUUUACAAAAAGGUAAGAUAUUCCUGCUUGAGUUCAAAAUAACAUAGCUUACUAUGUUACCUCCAUUAUAAUGCUUCUUUUUUUAAAUAAUCCUAGAUGGAUAUGACAUUAUUUUUAUAGCAUUGAGUAAGUGGUAAUGCAGCUAAUAUUCUUAGAAAAAAACUGCUCUCUACGGUCUAGUGCCUGUCUACAAAUUAGUGAUUCUGCAUGUGCGUUAUAUGUCUCUCGUGAACAGCAAGAAGAAGUCAUACACACAUCAACUCACAAAAAACAAGAGUAACAAAACCAAACCAAAACUGGAAAAAAAAAAAAGAAAAAAAAUCACAGAACUUUCUGCAUAAUUAUCCUGGUACAGGAAUGACAUAAAAAGCUAUGUAACUUUCUUGGCCUAUGAAAUCAUCCUGGAAAAACACAUUUAACCUUCCCUGGCAGUCAUACUUUAAAAGAGUGCUGGAAAGAGAAUUGGACUUUAUGGAUACCAUUUACUCUGAACUAAGGAGUUCUGUUUAAAAUAAAAUAUUAAUAUAAUGUUAUUACUCCAGCAUAAUGCAAACAACUGUUAGCUGCUACAUCUUUACCAGUAUAAGAAAGAUACAAUAAAAAUGAGUACAAGGUCCCUGUUCAGCUUGUGUUCUCACCAGUGCUUACAGAACUGUAAAUGUCUUUUGCUAAACAUUCAUACAGAAGCACUGACUUUCUUUACAGCGAGUUUAGAGGUUACAUGCUUACUUGGGUGAACUCAGCCUUUUGCAGAUGUUGACAGAAACAGAGAAAAAUCGAAACACUUGGGAUUGGUGGGGCUUUGCAUGCUAGACUAGACCUUGGCAUUGUGGAAAAAUGUAUAUAUACUUGGCAAAAUUUUAGUUACUGGUAGGUCAAUGUAGCAGGCAAAUCGGUGUAUUUGAUAUAGUUUUGGAGGGUGAUACAACUCAAAAGCUUUAUAUGAGUCUAUGAAUUCUUAGUCUUUUCUACACGGUAACUGUUGGAAACGUGAAGCCUUGAAGGAUUCCAUAUAGAGCUGAAGUGAGCACUGGAAUAAAGCACGCUGUUCAGAUAUCCUACACCUAUUUAGCAUGUAUGUUUGUUCCUUACAUGUAAUUAUCAAGGUAUUGCUUUUUUAAAUAGACAUAGCAAGGUAUUUUUAAUUAUAUGUGUAUUCAUCUACGGACAAUGAGAGUAGGUGGAGGAGGAAAGUACAACAAUUACAGGAUGUCUUACCAAAAGUAGAAGUCAUAAAUCUUGAUUUUUAAAAUACCAUCUUGAACAUGCAUUCACCUUUACAAUUUUUAACCCGGUCCUGUACUUCUGUUGUACGUGAGCAUCAGUCUAUAGCACCGACUGCCCAGUACCAAGAGCUCAAAUGAGAUUCUGACAGCUGGUGCUUAUAGAGAAGGGAAUUAGUUGUUAUCACUUCUCAGCCUCGGGGUGAAUAAUCGAGGCUUGCUUGUUUGUUUGGGUGGACUGCUCAUUUCAUCUACAAAAAUAUCAGUCAUUAUGGAUGAUUAUGUCAGUUUGCAAGAUAUAGUACUUUCUCUGUUGGUAAAAGAAGUUCAAAGGGAGCUUCUGAAUACCCCUCCUGCCCCCUUGAGUAAAUUUUAAACAGAUCUGGAAUGCUAGGCUUUCUUCAACUCCAAACAUUUAUCAGUUUUCCACAAUAAAUAGCUACAAACAAAUACAUAAAGACAAUGGAAAGGUAUGUGAAAGCUUAAAUCUCAUGAAAUGCAAAUACUGUGCAAAAACAUAAGCUGAAUUCUGUAGUACUUCUUUAGAUGUAUUUAUAUGAGAGGGUUUCCAUGAAGUUACAGUAUGAUCUGUAAUGCCAAGUAUUAUUUGUAUAAGUCACACUGUGUUUCUGCCGCUUACUUGGGUGAAUAUAAUCAAAGUUUUAGUACAAAUAUUUAGGGUUAAAUUUAUCUUUCCAGAGGUCUUCACAUGUCUUAAUAGAUAGUGCAAAACAGUUAAUUGUCUAGAAUAUUCAUGAAAAGCAAAAAUAAGAAGCAUAAUUAAGUUUUAGGAGUUUUUUCCUUCUGAUCAACAUACAUGAAAAAUAUAGAUUGGAAUAAAAAAUAUAUAUAUUGCACAAUGAUAAAAGCACCACUGAAAUUAUAAAGAUUCAGAAAUUAAAAUGCUGCAAAAGAAUUUUUCAAAGAUUUUCUAGUUAUCUGCACUGUUUUCUCUUGUUAUAAAAAGGAACCCUCUUUCCAUUGACUUCCUUUUAUCUUUUGAUUUUUUUGUUGACUGUAAGACCUUUUCCCCUAAAUAACAGCUUUUUAGAAAAAUUCUGAGUACAAAAUUGACAGAUAAUCCUUGAGCUUGCAAACACAAUACACACAGUGACUGUAGAAAAAGAAAAAAAUACAUAAAGCAGAAAGCAACUGAAAUGCAAGAAGACAUCUAGGCGAUUUUGUUUUAAAAAGUUAAUAACAAAAUAACAAAUACUGUUAUCUUAGGCUGUUCCAUAUCUGGAUGUCCUAAGCCUUCUAGCUGAUGAGGAAAUAAAGCAACUUCAGAGUCUAAAAACCAUGCUACAUUGUUGUUUUUACUACUAUACUGUUUCUUGUUCAGCACUAAAUAAAAUUAUAUAAAGGGAAUGAAGGUGAGAUUGAAUUUCAGUAGCACAGUCUCUGUAUUUUUUUAAUAUCUUUAGGUUGUCUUUUCUUUGUUCUCUUUUUUUGUUUCUGUGGCAGUGAUACUUUCUUACACUGCAAGUGUUCCAGGACAGAAGGGUGAAAAGAGGAGCUAGUUGAAGGUUUUAAAGUAUUUAUAUAUAACUAAUAAGCAUCUUCAGUGUUCUGCUCUUUGCUUUUGAUUAAAAUACAUAUGAAUAAAGUAUAUAAGUAUAUAAAUUGCAAAUGUAAGACUUUGCUAAAGAACCGGAACACAAUUAUUUCAACAUUCAGUAUGAAAAGUGCUCAUUGUUGUUUAUUAUUCAAAACUAUUGUUAUUUGGAACAGCAAUGCAGAAAAAUUCAUACAAGCAGUGAUGACCAAGUUCCUGCUUCAGGUUAUUACCUAUUGUGAAGCAGUUGCAUAAAUCACACAAAUGAUCAGCUAACAGUAGAGACUUACAUAAAUAAAUCAAUAUAGUUGUGUAAUAUAGAGAGCAUAACACCAUGUGUGACUGACUUUUGCUGUUGUGUCCUAACACUGGAUUUCUUUAUUGCUCAUGAUCUGACAGGAUGUUGAAAAGGUAGGAGUUUCUGCUUCCAGGGACAUCAACUGUACAGACUUGUUCAUCUGCUGUUCAUUAUCACUUCAGAGGUGAAGGCUGUUAUCUUUGUACUUGACCUCUUGGUAACUCUCUUGUUAAAAAGAGAAGCAGAGCGUUCAGUCAACAGGCUAAACUAGAACAGGAUUUCCAGAUCAUGUUUAUAUCAAUCUACAGAUAAGGAUGAAAUUAGCUGCCGUUGUUCUGUAUUUCUGUCCUACAUUCAGCAAGUUACAGAAUGUCAUCCUCAUAGUCCUAGUAGCAGCUUUGGUACAGCUUAGGCCAGUAACUAUAAAUCUUAAGCAGCAAUCCAACUCCUGUUCUGUAUGUGACAGGAUAAAUUGCAAUGCUUUUGAUAACACCACUGGAAGAUGUGGCCUCUGGCCUGAGAAAUUUGUCAUCAUGGAAGAAUGUGGUGAUCUAAACUAGGAAAUAAAUAAAAAUGGCAUUUUCAUUGUAUGUUUGGAACUAGCAAUAAAGCAUCUAGUGUCUUAGAAAGCUUCUUAAUUCUACUGAAAUAUGACAAUCUUCAUGAUAUUGCUUGUUAACAGUUCUCCAGGCCUGUGACUUUUUUCUUAAGGAUUUAUUGCUUAUCUGCAACUGCAUAAUUAAAGGAAAAUUAGUAAUUUGCUUUUGAAUGUUACUGUCAAAUCUCAUAAUCACAAAUUUUUAAUUUUAAUUCAGCGUGACUGUGCAUAAAUCCUGAAGCACCUGUACAUAGAAUUGCACCAAAUAGUUAAAGUGCUGUGAAGACCGUGUUUGGAGUAUUGCAGGAACAACAUGACUGGAAAGCG